UAAUUAUCUAGCAGACGACUCGAAGUUCGAACUUUUUACGAUAUUUAAUAGAAGAUGGCAUCUCAUGAUUUUGACAUCGACGAUAAUUCCAUCCUAUCUCGAAUUGAUGAUGUUAUGUUGUCCGUCAUUCAGCAAAUCAGUGACAACAAGCCACCAGUUCUGAGCCAUUUCAACAGAGGAACCUGGCAAAACAUUACAUACGACAAAAAUGUAGGUCUCUGUGUCAAUGAUGCCAUGAAAAUGACAUCAGUACGUUUUGAUUCCAAACUAUCCCUAAAGAAAUUCACUUUGAUGAUAAAACUUUUGUCAAUGGUAUAUAGUCUUAUUCAGACUGACAGAUUUUGUACCAAGCGUGAUUUAUAUUACCAAGACACUACAUUGUUUGGAAACCAAACAGCAUUAGACGAGGCUCUAGAAAACAUCUCCUGCAUGCUACAAGUACCAAGGUGGCGUCUACAUGUGCUGGCUACCUCAAAAGGAUGUAUUGCAGGAAAUUUGUCUUUUUAUGAUGUAGAUGGUAACUACGUAGACUGUAGCAAGACCAUGUCAGGGAUCCAAGUUCCUAGUCAUAUUGCAGGAAUGCAGCAUAUUCAAACGGAUGCUGAUUUUAUUUUAGUCAUAGAGAAGGAUGCAAUUUUCCAGCGUUUAUUAAGCGAGGGAUUUUGUGAAAUGAUGUGUCCUUGCAUAAUUGUAACAGGAAAAGGUUUUCCUGACAUGAACACCAGAAUGCUUUUAAACAGACUGUGGAGAGAGUUUUCUCCAAGAUUUUUCAUUCUUGUGGAUGCAGAUCCUUAUGGAAUAGAGAUUAUGUCCAUUUACAAAUUUGGAUCCCGUUCUUUGUCAUUUGAGGCCCCCAUGUUGACUGUGCCUGAUAUGGAAUGGCUGGGGGUUUUACCAAGCGACAUUCAACGUCUACGACUGAAAGAAAAUAGUCUUAUAGAGCUAAAGCCAUCAGACAAAAGUAAAAUAAGUAACAUUUUGGCAAGACCGUAUGUUUCUGAAUCACAGUUUCUGUACAAGGAACUCAAUGUUUUGUUGGAACUUGGAAAAAAGGCUGAAAUUGAGAGUCUUGACUCCAUAUCUUUAUCUUUCCUUGCAAAUGUUUAUCUUCCAACCAAACUGAGACAUAGUUCUCAGUAGCAGAGAUAUAGAAUUUUGUUAAGUAUAUGUAUUAAGAAUUGGCUCAAUUCUAAAGGUAAAGAAAUGAAUUCAUACAAUUAAGUUACACAAGUAUUGAAAGCCUCAAAUUUUCAUUUUGUAUUACUCUCAAAUUUUCUUUUAAAAUUGUGCAUUGUUUUUAACAUUGUCAUGUUCAUAGUUCAAGAAUUUAAUUGCUCAUCUGAGCCAAAAAUGAGCA